GGUAUCGGCGCGAAGCCCACGGGCGACUUGCUUGCACUUUGGCGUUUUUCUUGGUUUUCCUUUCAGCUUUCUUCUCUUCUCUUCUCUUUUCUUCUUGCCCUGUCGGGGUUCUGGUCUCUGGGGCCAGGCUGCGUCGGGUCCUCGUGCCCAGCAGUUGGGGGGCAGCGCGUCUGCUUCCGAUUGAACUUUGCGCGCGGAGGUCUGCUGGAUGUGCGUCUUGUUGCGCUGCUACUUUUACUGCAAGCUAGGUUUUAUGAAGCAUGCGCUGCCCCAGGGCGGAGAUUAACCUGCUGGUAGAUGCGUUUUCAUCUCGCCCCGUGCCCUUCUCGUCGCAGAGUCCCACACUAGACCCACACACCCGCAAUAGCAUUUGAAGUAUAAACAAAGAGUAUACUAGAGACUCUACAGCGGCUAACGGCGCACGAACACAAUUGACGCGUAGAUUUUUGACCCCUUUGUGACGUGUGGAGGGCGGUGCGUCGCUGUAUAGGAUACAGAUAAACAUAGACCUACCACUAUCGUAGAAGGCGAGACCCAGAGUGUUGCUAGGAGUGCUCCGGCGCUGUUGUUGGAAAUGGCGGACGCCGAAGGGCUUCUGCUGCUGAGGGCCGGCGGAGCCGCUGCCGACGGCCACGGCAGGGUGCAGCACAGUACUGCUGACAUCAAUGACAACGGCAAGCGGCAGCGUGAGGACCCGUCAGACGAGUAUGAGAAAGUGAGGCAGCUCCAGCCCCCAUCGGCGUCGGGCGGCAGCGCCGCAGCGGCGCCAUCAGGACAGCACAUGAUCAACGGCAAUGGUGUUGAGGUUAUAGUGGUGUCGGAUGAUGACGAGGACCAGCAGGACGACGCCGCCGCCGCCCAACAAGAGCAGCAGCUGCUGCAGGCGAUCGUCAACGGCGGCCCUGGCCCCAGCAGUAGCAACAACCUGCCGCCCGCUGCAGAGGCGGCCAUGGCGCGACAGCAGCUAGCUGCCCUGAAGCGGCAGCUAAAGUCCACGCAACAUGACCUCAUCAUGGCGACGCGGGAUGCAGCCCGUUGGCGACAGGAGGCGGAUUACCAGCUAGCAUGCAGUACAAUCAGCAAUAUCAGCAAGGAUCACCUAGAUAGGCUUCAGGCGCAGCAGGCGGCACAGCAGUGGGGCGGCGAGCAUCCCCAGCAGCAAGCAGCUCAGCAGGCGGCGGCUGCACGUGCUGCUGCUCCUAUGCCUGCCGCCACAGCAGCAAUGGGGCGCCGUCAGCAGCACGAGCUGCAGGCGGCGGCAGCACAAGUGGAGGCAGCGGCUGAAGCUGAGCGGCAGGCCCGGGAGGCGGCGGAGAGCCGGGCAGCGGCGGCGGAGAGCCGGGCGGCGGCGGCGGAGAAGCAGCUCGCGGCGGCUCGCGUGGCCGCGCGGGCGCACUGGCUGCAGUGGCGGGCGGCAAGUCACAGGGCGCAGGCGGCGAGGGUCGGUGCAUCCGAGGCAUCGAACCGCGCGCUUAAGGCGGAGGUGCGUGUAGCUGCGGCAAAGCAGCGGCUGCUGGUCACGGCUGCUUCUGCAGCCGCCAGCCAGCGCCGUAGAGAGCUGGAGGCAGCGUUGGCGGCGACCGCGACUGCCGUGGCCAAGCAGCGAGCCCGGGAGGCAGCGCUAGCAGCGCAGCAAGUAGCGGCGAGCCAGGAGCAGAGGCUGGCGGAGAUGCGCACCGCUGCCGAUGCGGCACAGCGCGAUGUGGAGAGGCUGGAGGCGCAGGUCGAGUCGCUGACAGCAGCAAAGCGGCAGAGCGCCCUGGAGGCAGCAGCCUCCAUACGUGCCCUGCAGGAAGAGCUGCGGCAGCAGGAGGCCGCGGUGGCUUCGGGGCGUGAGCGCCGGGCUGCUGCGGAGGCUGCAUCCGGCGCCCUUACGGCGCAGGUGGCGGCCUUGCAGGAAGAGCUGCGGCAGCAGGAGGAGGCCGCGGGGGCCGCCACGGCGAUUGCUGCGGGGGCGGCUGAGGCAGCGGCGCUGGAGCUGCUGGAAACCAGGCGGCAGUGCGAAGCAGCGGAAGCCGCCGCGGCAUCAGCAGCCGCCGAGGCAGUGGAGCGGGAGCUGGCGGGGUUCCGGUUACAGUUGCGAGCCGCGGCCGAGCAGCACCGCGCCACCACAGAAGCCCUUGCCGGGCAGGUGGCGGCCCUGCAGGAAGAGCUGCGGCAGCAGGAGGAGGCGCUCGGUGCUGCGACGGCGAAUGCAGCGGCAGCGGCCGAGGCGGCUGCGCUGGAUCUGCUGGCGGCUAGGCAGCAGCUGCAGGACGUCCGGGCUGCAGCUGCCGCCGUAGACGUUCAGGUCCGCAACGAGCGGUCGCGUGUGGCGGAGCUGAACGGCCAGGUGCGUCAGCUGCAGGGGGUGCAGGUGGAGCUGCGGUCUCAGUUGGCGACUGCACAGCAGCGGGUGACUCAGUUGGAGUCGGAGGCGGAAGCGCUGCAUGAGGAUAUUCGCAACGCGGUGCGGCGGGCGCUGCGACAGCUGCAGGCGGCGGCGCUCGAGACGGACGCAGCUGCAGCAGAGCUUGCUCAGCAGGCGCAAGAAGGCGUUGCACAAGUGGAGGCGGAGGCCCAGCGCAUGCGCCAGGACGCGCAGCAGGAGCUGCAGCAGCAGUUGCAGGCAGCACAGGCAGAGGUGACGAAGCACAGGCAGACGCAACAAGAGUUGCAGCAACAGUUGCAGACGGCACAGGCAGAGGUGACGAAGCACAGGGAGACACAACAAGAGUUGCAGCAACAGUUGCAGGCGGCACAGACGGAGGUGGCAGAGCUCAGGGGGACGCAACAGGAGUUGCAGCAAAAGCUGGAGACGGCAGAAGGCGCCGUUCUCACUGCAACUACCAACUCCCAAAUGGCAUAUGACCUGGUGCAAACUAUGCACGCGGAGGUGCAGGCAGCAGCAGGGCUCCGGGCGGCAGAGCAUCAGCUGACGCAGCAGCGUGACGCAGCAGCGCAGGAGGAGGUAGCGGGGCUGCGGGCCGCACAGGAGCAGCUGACCCAACAGCUGCAGUCGGCGCAGCAGCAGCUCACGCAACAGCAAGAGGCGGCGCAGAUGGAGGCGGCAGGGCUCCGGGCGGCGCAGCAAGAGCUGCAGGGACAUCUGGAGACCGCGGAACGCCUUGCCAGCACUGCAACUGAAAAUUGGCGAGUGGUGAAGAACCAGAUGAAAGCGGAACAGGCGCGGGCGGCAGAGCUGCAGGCGCGGGCGGCAGAGCUGCAGGCGCAGCUGGCGGGCGUGAUUGAGAGGGCGAAAGCUGAAGCUGAGACCGCCAACGUUCAACGGCAGGCACUGGAGGCUGCGUGUGAUGAGAGGGUGCGUCGGGAGGCGUCGGCCGCCAACCUCCACCAUCGGUUGCUGCAGGCAGCGGUGGAGUCGCUGCGCGGGCAGCUGAUGGCAGCGGGACUAGUGCCGGCGCCGGUGCCGCCUGACACUGUGCAGCGUGUGCUGGACGGCGCGGCGGGCGCCACGGCUCCUAACUCUGCUGGUGGCGGUAGUGGUGGGGCCGGGACACAGCAGCACCCAAUUUUCGUAACACUGGGUGCACAGCAGCAGUGGGUGAUGCAGGGACGGGGUGCGCCGCCACAGCAGCAGCAGCAGCAGCAGCAGCAGGCGGCAGAUGGUGGUGCUACAGCCGCAGCCAUCAGCGGUUCGGCCAUUGGCAUACAGGUCAUUCGGCUUGGGGGCCGUGCCGCUGCUGGCCCGGUGGUGGGUGGGCAGGGUGGGAGGCAGGAGGGGGGCGAGGCGGCCCCGCAGCAGUAUGCAGGGGGGAAACAGUAGGGGAUUCGGGGCUGUGGGGGGCAGGGCUAUCAGGGCCGUGCCUGAGAGGAUGUGCGUACGGGAAGAGGAGGGCGUAGAGGGCGGAGUGUACUAUCUAAUAUGUAUGUGUAAUCCGGAAGAGGUAGGGGUCGCGCGCGUACUGUGCAACCCUGGUAACGGCCGCCGUGCAAACUAACACCGAGCCCGCCGCAAGUAGCAGUGUCCACUGAUGAGCGGGCUAAGCGGGCUUCUUAGUUUGCAAGACUAGACUAUAGGAGCAAUCAAGUGUCGUGUCUGGUUCAUUCAGGGCGCAUGCGACGGCACGGACAUACAUUGCCAGAGCCCAUCCAAUAUGUCAGUUAUACAUGUGGAGUGGGGCUUUCAGCGAGAUAGUUCCACUGCUGAUGAAUGAGGUGGAACCGUCCAGGCUUGCAGCAGCGUGUUGGGUCACGAUGACUCAUGCAUGAGCGUAAGCGUGCGUGGUUUCCGUGGGUGUGCUGUGUUCCUCUUUCGCAGUGCUUGAACGUGUAUGCGGGGGGGUUGGGGGUGUAAGCGAUCCUGUCAUCCUGGGAUGCGUUUUGUGACUGCUUACAAUUGGUAUCGAGACCGAAUAGCGCAUAACUGCGAUACGGCCUCCGAGGUCGCAAGGUCGAUCCGCGCCAAGCGCGCUUAUCUCACAGUCACGCACCGAGCUUAAACAACGGCAAGCCCUUGUACGCGUUGAGUGCUUAACCCGCUGACCGCCGCCAGCAAAAAUGGGUUCGAGGACGCACCCUUCUAAGGGGGGGGAAUGUAAGCGAUCCUGUCAUCCUGGGAUGCGUUUUGUGACUGCUUACAGGGGGUGGAAUGGAUUCGGGGGUGACUGAUUUUAAGGAGGCGGGUUGGGACGGAGCAAGAUGGCGCAGGUGGCUAACGUUGUGCAAGGGUUCAGCAGCUCCGAACAACUCCAAUUUUGCCUGCGCAGGUGCUCCCAUCUGCUGGGUGCGGAUGGUGGUUGCUUUGCCUAGUAUUACGGUACGGUACCGUAUGUGCUCCGGGUUUAUUUGUUGGGGUUUCAGGCAGUGGUUUAAUCUUGCCGCACUUGUUUGGCUUCCUCAACCUGUUCGAUAGCCUCUAAGUUAACGUUCGAUGCCUCUGUGUGCCAGUAUGCGCGUUGGGGGGAGCGAGAAGUGCUAGCUGCGAGCUUCCCUUCCAUACCUCACCGUACAUGGUAACCAUGGCCGGCGGAGGAAGCAGCGCACACACCCACACACAACUAUCGGUUCUGGACACGCACAUGCCAUGGCAGGAUGCCCUGCUAUUAGGUACGUACUGGUCUGGUACUUGCUGGGUAUGUACUCAUGUGGGCGGAACACCCGCCAAGAUGAGACACAAUAGAUGAGAGGCACGGCCGAUGGCGCCAAGUUACCGUACUGCGCUUAGGGUUUGAAGUUUUAAGGGCGCCGGAAUUAUUUGUUUGGGUUUUUAAUUUUUAAGGAGCGCGGCGCAGCCACACCAGAAUUAUUUUCAGUUUUUAAGCGCCGUGCCGCCCGAAGCCUUCCGAAGCACACAGACACGGGCAAAACGCAUUCGCAGGCUCACCGCGUGCGCUGGUCAGCCAUUCGUAGCCGUACCAUCUGCACUGAAGCUGUUUUCGGCUUGAGACCCCCACAGAUUCCCACAGAUCUUCAGGAGCCCCGCAGGGAGAAUUAUUUAUAAUUUUUAGACUU